GGGACUAUACAGAUAUGGAUACCGUUGGAUACCGCGGGAAGAUGCUGGAGACAUCGGGAGUUGUGGCGGAUGCAGUCAUAGGCAAAGGCGCGCCAUUAAUGUUAGAAUACACAGCCGAGUUCAACCGUUCGUGGUUAGUCCGCAUCGGAGAAGACCGGAACCGUUCGUACUUUACGUACUAUUCCGAAUUAAACCGAAGUUCUCGUGGGAUCGUCUACGUAGAAAUCUUCUUCCUGUUACUACUGGCUCUCGUGUCGACAGUCGGAAAUCUCUUGAUUGCAUAUGUGGUGCUCUCAAACCAAAACAAGAAAAAGAAAUACAAGACGAACACCAAUCUGUUCAUAGCCAACAUGUGUGUGGCAGACAUCUUGUUUACGUUGCCGAAUCCAGUGAUUGCCAUUGUUCGCUACCAGGGGGCGUGGAAACUCGGUGCUUCCUGUGGAAUUUUACAAUAUAACCAAGUGGUCUGUGGUGUGGUGUUGAUCUGGAGUAUGGCUCUUAUUAGCAUGGACAGACAUAGCUGCAUUGUGAAAACACUGUAUAAACACUUAAACGAGCUUACCGCAAAAAUCGCCAUAACUGUUUGUUGGGUUUCAUCCUUUGGUUUCGCUAUCCCGAUCUACAUCUACUUUAGCGUUGAAGAGUUUGACUUUGGUGCCGACAAGGUUAAAAUUUGCACUUUAAUGUGGCCGAAAGGUCCAUUGGUGCGUGUUUCAGCCGUUUAUGUGACAAUUUUAGUGGUUGUUUUUUUCAUCACUCCAUUCGUUAUAAUAACAUAUAAUUAUGUCAGCUUAUUCAAAACGCUAUGGAAACAGAGGGAGAAAAUGAAACGCAGACUGUCUGAAGAGAAAAGACCGCGCCACCCCGACAGCAAGGCAAAACAGGCAAACGAAUUAUCAGGCGCAAGAAACCAACGAGAAUUCCGUGUUGUGAAAAUGCUGGUUUCAACCGUGGUUGCAUUUGCCAUCAUGUGGUUGCCAAUGGCUCUUCUGUUCCUCCUGGUCCUGAAAGAUGGCAUUACCGAAGCAAUGAGAACGAGUUCAUGGGCGUUCCUUCUAGCUGUCUGUAUUGCUUUUGCUAAUGCUUGCAUUAAUCCAAUAAUCUAUGGUUUAUUUAAUCAAGAAAUCCGUCGCGGUAUCAGGCAUGUUUUUCGCCGGUUUCAAAUGCCCGGAACGAAGCAGGGGGAGUCGACAAGCAGUUCAAACUCUCCUCCUCCAAUUCCCCUCACGGAUAUGGACGGCACUGUCACGUUGGGCGCAAGUGGAGAACGGAAGGACAGUUGUUUUACCACCACUGAACCACCCACGGCAGUGGAGACACGAUUGUAGGAAUAAAGGUCUUCUGUUUCAACCAACUGUUUUUCAGAUAGAUUUGCUGACCUCUUGUCACUAAACUGUAAUAGUGUGAUCACAAAUAGUAAUGUUACACAACCCUGGGCAACCGGUGUCGUAGUUGACCUUAAAACCUUUCGCAAGAUCGAUAAUGAAAAGGAAGUGACUACUUGGCAAGCCCGGCUUACCAAACAGCGACCUUUUCUUGUCCUGAAUGGAGAGCCGAACUCAUUAAUAUUAAAGUACAGUCUCCAGCUCGCCAAACAGGGUAGAUUUUUUACGACCUGUUUGGCAAGCCCGGCUGGCCGAACAGGGUGGUUUUUUAGUGCUGUUUGGCAAGCGGCUCUCCAAACAGGACAAAAGAAGAUGCCUGUUCGGCGAGCGGCUUGCCAAAUAGACCCGGCCAUAAUGAAAAACACGUUAACGCUUUAUGCCAUGCGGUGCCUCUGGGACAAAGUUCGCGCUGUAAACAGUGUAUAUCAAAUGCAUUGUCCGAUGCACGAAGAGCAGGCACGGGUUAGACAAAAUCUUUACUUUUUUUUACCUAACAACUUUCUUUAACCCUCCUAACUAACGCAAACAGAAAUGACGAGAAUGUACUGACUGCACAAGACAGUUCAAAUAGUACUACAUGCUGAUCUGUUAAUAUCCUCUCUCUCUCAGUUUGAUAUCCGGGGGAUUCUGUGAUGGAUCGAGAGGUGUCUUAAUGGACGAGGUUAUGACGCUCCACCUAUGCAUGAUGAUGUAAAUACUGUAAAUAGUUGCAUGUCAUUAUUUGAACUAAGUUUAUAUCAA